GCGUCCAUCUCGCCCCGCCCCUCAUAUCCUGCAGUUCCUGCUCUGCAGAUUCACUACUCACGUUUCUUUUCUCCAUGGCUCUUUCUGCUCUUAGUUUUCUUCUCCAUGUCACCUGCGAGACAACUCUGCCUGCAAGCAGCUUAAACUGAUUUCUGUCUUUCUUAGUACACUGUAAACUUACAGGCCUUUAGCGAAAGUGCGAUUGCGGACGAGCAGGCGCGCGCGGGGCUUGGCGGAGGCGCGCUUGGGCUCCGGCGGCGACGACUACAACGACGAGGAGAGCGGACGGAGGCGGUGCCUGAAGCAGCGGCGGAGCCCAUGCCCCGGGACGGCGGGUGGGCCCGGAGAGACAAGUCCGGGGCCCAGGGCAUGUCCCCGGGGCCCCCGUGAGGAGGCGGUGGCGGCGGAGAUGGAGCUCCCGCCGCAGGAGGCGCCGCCCGGGCCGGGUGCUGACGGCGACGCCGAGGAGGCCCCCGCCGAGGCCCGGCCCCCCAGUCCCGCAUCGCCCCCAGCCGACAGUCGCCUCAAGGCUGCAGCCAAGCGUGUCACGUUCCCGUCCGACGAGGAUAUCGUGUCUGGAGCGGUGGAGCCCAAAGAUCCCUGGAGACAUGGUGGAGUCCCUGGAUGGUGCAAACGGUUAAUAUGCUUGACUGCUAACAGAAAGCUUAAGAGAUUUGAGUCCACCCAGAGGCACCUUGGAAGAAAGUCCUGUGAUCUCUUUCCAAAAACCCAGAACGUGACCGUGGACGAGGUCAUCGGCGCCUACAAGCAGGCCUGCCAGAAGCUGAACUGCCGGCAGAUUCCCAAGCUCCUCCGGCAGCUCCAGGAGUUCACAGACCUCGGGCACCGCAUCGAGUGUCUGGACCUGAAAGGUGAGAAGCUUGAUUAUAGGACCUGCGAGGCCCUGGAGGAGGUCUUCAAGAGGCUGCAGUUCAAGGUCGUGGACCUGGAGCAGACAAAUCUGGAUGAAGAUGGUGCCUCAGCCCUCUUUGACAUGAUCGAGUACUAUGAGUCGGCCACCCACCUCAACAUCUCCUUCAACAAGCACAUCGGUACCCGUGGCUGGCAGGCAGCUGCCCACAUGAUGCGCAAGACGAGCUGCCUGCAGUACCUGGACGCCCGCAACACGCCCCUGCUGGACCACUCGGCGCCCUUUGUGGCCCGCGCCCUGCGCAUCCGCAGCAGCCUGGCUGUGCUGCACCUGGAGAACGCCAGCCUGUCGGGGCGGCCCCUCAUGCUGCUCGCCACGGCCCUGAAGAUGAACAUGAAUCUACGGGAGCUGUACCUGGCUGACAACAAGCUGAACGGCCUGCAGGACUCAGCCCAGCUGGGCAACCUGCUCAAGUUCAACUGCUCCCUGCAGAUCCUGGACCUCCGCAACAAUCACGUCCUAGACUCAGGUCUGGCCUACAUCUGUGAGGGCCUCAAGGAGCAGAGGAAGGGGCUGGCAACCCUGGUGCUGUGGAACAACCAGCUCACACACACGGGCAUGGCCUUCCUGGGCAUGACACUGCCGCACACUCAGAGCCUGGAGACGCUGAACCUGGGCCACAACCCCAUUGGGAAUGAGGGUGUGCGCAACCUGAAGAACGGGCUCAUCGGCAACCGCAGCGUGCUGCGCCUCGGCCUGGCCUCCACCAAGCUCACGUGCGAGGGCGCGGUGGCAGUGGCGGAGUUCAUCGCCGAGAGCCCCCGCCUCCUGAGACUGGACCUGCGGGAGAACGAGAUCAAGACGGGCGGGCUCAUGGCACUGUCCUUGGCCCUCAAGGUGAACCACUCCCUGCUACGCCUGGACCUCGACCGUGAGCCCAAGAAGGAGGCGGUGAAGAGCUUCAUUGAGACGCAGAAGGCUCUGCUCGCCGAGAUCCAGAACGGCUGCAAGCGCAACUUCGUGCUGGCGCGGGAGCGUGAGGAGAAGGAGCAGAGGCUGCAGCUGUCAGCCUCCAUGCCUGAGAUCACUGUCACUGAGCCACAGCCCGAGGAGGAGCCUGGGGAAGAGCCCGCCAGCCCUGGGGAGGAGCCUGCCACUAAGGCACAGGAGAAUGGGGCUCCGGACCCUGGGCCCAGCCCGGACUCAGACUCAGACUCUGAGGGGGAGGACGAAGAGGAAGAAGACAGGAAGCAGGAUGAGGCCAACAGCAAUCAGAGUCCCUCUGCCCCCUGCCCCGUCCUGGUGCCCCCCACGGACUCCCUGGGCCAUGGGGACAGGACCCCCCCAGGCGGCCCCUCCUCUCCCACAGAGCAGCGCAUUUCUGUGUCCAGCCCGGGCCGGGGCCACAAGGUAUUUGUGGUGACCCGGGUGGAGAGUCCGCCUGAGAGGGCAGAACCCCCCGCCCCACCUGCCCCACCUGCCCCACCUGCCCCUCUCUCCCCACCCACCCCUCCCUCCCCACCUGCCUCACCUGCCCCACCACCAGCCGAGGUCAUCAGCACGCAGGACCCAGGGGUGUCUGAGCCUCAGCCACAGCCGGAGUCGCCUCAGUCAGGGCCACUGCUGCCCAACGGCCUCAAGCCGGAGUUUGCCCUCGCAUUGCCCCCGGAACCGCCCCCUGGGCCUGAGGCCAAGGGAGGUGGCUGUGGCCUGGAACACGAGCUGAGCUGCUCCAAGAAUGAGAAGGAGCUGGAGGAGCUGCUUCUGGAGGCCAGUCAGGAAUCUGGACAGGAGACACUGUGACACUUUAGUUCUUUUUUUCUGGUCGGUCUUCGAUGAGCUGAGGCCAGAGCCAUGAGAAUCUGCUCACCCUCACCCCAGCCUUCCUGAGGCCCAGGACGCCAGGGGUGGGGGGCCGCUCCAGGGACCCCCUCCCCCACAGCAACACUACAAAGGUGCAGGAGCCGCAGGGAAUGGCCCCCUUAAGCACUUCUAUUUAUGUGUCCAGCCUCGAAGACUCUGGGCUGGGGGUGGAUGGGAGGAAAAGGAGGAGGCCAGGGCUGCGAGGCCGUCGAGCCACAGCUGGGCUCCAGCCCUUCCCAGAGGGCCUGUCCUACCAGGCUCGCCCGGUUCGGGCAGGUGUCCUCAGUGGUGGUGGGAUAGCCCCCUCGGCACCGGCCCAGGACAGGCAGGAGGGAGGGCGUGAGCGGUGGUGGUGGUGGUGGUGGUGGAACUUGGUAGAACAGAGCCCCAGCCGGGUGGGCCAGGGCGGGGGGACGGGAGCAGAGAUCAGUGUCUUGUUCUCUUAAGUGCAAUAAAUCUAUCAGGGAGCUGGGGUGGAGAGCAGCCAGGGUUCUGGGGACCCUGCUGCCCAGGCCACUUGAGGCUGUGCCCCCCGAGAGGCACUACAACCAGUGGGGGUGGGGGGUGGAGGGUAAGAAUGGGCAGAGAGGGGAGGGGCUGCCCCUCUUGGUGCAG